ACCAUCCAUAGCUACCAAAAACCACAACUCAACAAACCCUUCUUCACUCUCUCCACACCCCUAAAGCCACCCACAACAAGAAGAUAAAGAUUUUUUUUUAUAAAGAUCUUCACACAAAACAAGAAAUCUUGAGAUUAUAUUCCGAAUCAAAUAAGAACCCAUUUCAUUCUGGAGGGAGUUAAAGACAAUGGCGAUUAAAAUCCGGACUACCAAGUUAACACAAACGACUAUCAUCAUGCAAAUCUUGAAAAGGUGCUCAAGUUUGGGGAAGAAACAGACCAAUGAAUAUAAAGACGAACAGGAACUGGAUGGAGAAUCUCUUCCUUUAGAUGUACCCAAAGGUCAUUUCGUGGUCUACGUAGGGAAGACUCGGGUCAGGUACGUUUUACCCAUUUCAUUUUUGACCCGACCAGAGUUUCAGCUUCUUCUACAACAAGCUGAGGAAGAGUUUGGCUUCGAUCACGACAUGGGUCUCACUAUUCCUUGUGAAGAAGUAGCAUUCGACUCGCUUGUCGCCUCCAUGUUCUGAUCAACAGAUAUCUAGGUUUUGGGUUUUUAAUUAGUCAUUUUCUAGAUGAAUAAGCUUUGUUAGCCAGCUUUAACUUUAAUACUUUGGGGUAGAAUUGGGUUAGUGUUUCUAUUUGAACGAAACUAACUCUAGUGAUACCUCUAAGAGUGAAUCAAUAAAACCAUUCUUUCGUUAUUA